UGUAGUUACCGCACAGUUAUUGUUCGUUACAGUUUAAAGUAGAUACAUAUUUUUACUCAAAGGACUUCUAUCUGAUAGGGGUUGUCUUGUGAAAAAGUUUAGAUUUAUUCAACAUUUCAAGAUCAUGAAAAUAUCUUCAAACAAUUACACUGAUUUUACCACAAUGCAGUAACUUUAGAUUAGACUCUGGACUCUGGUGGGCUUUAAGAUAUUUUACAGAGGUCAUUAAUAAUAAAUAAAAAAAUCUCAAUAAAACAGGUAACUACUACAUUCCUGCUAUGAGGCCAACUUUUUAAAUACCUUUUCACAUCCUUCACUACAGUUUGUUGGCCCCAUGUCAUAUUAUUUACAUCCUUUGUGUAAAUAAAACUAGAGCAGUAAUCAAUCAAUCAAUCAAUCAAAUUUAUUUGUAUAGCACCAAUUCCCAACAGUCGUCAUCCCAAGAUGCUUUCCAAAGAAAAAGAGCAACAACAGACCACAAUAACAGACCACAGUAACUGACCACAAUAACUGACCACAGUAACUGACCACAAUAACUGACCACAAUAACUGACCACAAUAACUGACCUCAAUAACCGACCACAGUCACUGACCAACCUAAGAUGAGAUUUGGCCAAUCUCAUCUAACAUGAGUGACAGUGGUGAGGAAAAACUUCCUUUUAACAGGCAGAAACCUUGGGUAGGACCAGACUCAUGUUAGACAGCUGCCAGGCCACUGCUGGGUUGGAGAGGAAUACAGAGAGAUAGAUUAGAUUUGGGGUUUUCUUUGUGUCUUUUAUUCCUUCUUCUGUGUAAAGCACUUUGUGCUACAUGGUUGUGUAUGAAAAGUGCUGUAUAAAUAAAGACUGAUUGAUUGAUGUAGUAGUUAACAGCACUAUGGAGACCCUAAACAGAGAGCUUGUUCACUCAGGUAGGCCUUUACACAGAGGGCAGUCUGACAUUUUUUGACCACAUUCCAAGAUAAAGACACAUUCCUCUGUUAGGCAUCCUAUAUUUCCUGUCUGCAUUCACACCGCAACUGAAGGACACAUUUCACACCCUCAUCCUGCUGUUGAAUCACAGAUUCCUAUUACUUGGCCUAUAAGAAGGCUUUCUACCUGAAGUUAAUUAGAUGGCUUUUUUUGUUAUACCAAUCAAAAUGCUCCCUGUAACAGGUUAAUCAGUAUACCUUUUGUUAAGACAAUCAGAAUGCUUCUUUCAUUUCAUUUCAUUAUGUCAAGGAAAAGCUUCACAUUUGCCAUAAUUAUCUACCAAAAUCUGUACAGACACCGAGACCUCAUUUUCUAAAUUAGAUUCAAUUGAUAGUUUUUGCAGUGUAUGACUCAUGUGAUGAUGAGGUAAACCAUUUAUUUAUUUAUCUAUUUAUUUAUUUACUGGCCCUGAAUAUUUUUUAGCACACCACCAUUAUAAACAGUCUACAGUUUAGUUAGAGCUGGAAAUGAGAAAUACAUAGACACUUAUGAGAUGACUUUUCAUUAGUGACCGUAUGAGUGGAUUAAUGCUGGGUGAACUGACAGCUUUUGAGUAAAUUAUCAUUGGGUUAAAGCGCCCUCUAGUGUUUGAGGACUCUGAGCUACAUUUCACCACUAGUUAACCCUAUAAUGUUUGACACCACAAAUUAUGGCCAGAAAAUUCAUUUUUUUUUGGAGCUGUAUUAAGGUGUUUUUUUUUUUAGUAAUUUGUUGAUCAUAUUGAUUGAUAGAAGUACAUAUAAAAGUAUAUAUCAAAUAUGAUACAAAAGGCAAUAAAGAUCUACAGAAAAAAAAUAUGGAUUAACACUCCUGCUAAGAUAGGGGAACUAUAAAAACUGAACAAAACCAUUCACUUUUACUCCUCCUUGCACAGGAGUCUGAGCGUCUACCGUAGUUAUCCCAAUAGAUGUGCACUUAAAAUUCAAGCGUUGAGUUGACUACGAAAAAAAAACGAGGUGCGACUGACUUGACUGCAGUUGUUAGUUAUUAGCUUAUAUUGUAAACAGCUCGAUUUAGGUUACCUUUAAAGUGAAUUUUAAAAGCAGUUCAGUUAUCUUAAAUUAUCUUAAUUAAACCUGCACAGGCCUUUUGAUAUGUAGACUUCCUUAGCAACAGUUCCUUUAGAAAUAUAAACAUCCAGUUGAGGCUUUAUUUGAACCUAUUUGUUUUAUUUUUUUUCAAACCUGACCAAGGUUAGUAGGUCUCACUCCUGAUUUCAGCUCAUCGUGUUACUGAGAGGACCAGACGUAUAUCUCUGACUCGAUAAAGUAAAACAAGCGUUUCCCUGACCUGUCUCUCCAAUGUCUGCGUAAGUACAGAAAUAUGUUUUGUUUUGUUUUUGCUUUAAAACAGGUAAAAGUGAGGAACAGUUGUUUUGAUUUCAACUGAGUUGAUGUUUGUCCAUUUCAUGACUCAUUUUAUUGCAGAUUUCUAACUGUCAGGGUUUCUUAUGUAUUUUUAUAUGUCCUGUCUACAUUAUAACUUAUGCCGUAACACUUUACAAUAACCGUAAUUUAUAAAUGGUUAAUAGAUAGUUUAUUAAUGUUUAAUCAUUUAAAAACAGCAUAUAGACCAAUUAUGAAUGGAAGAUAGAUAGUUUAUUCAUGUAAGUUAGUAGUUACUUUACCAUUUGCAAGCAAUUAAAUUAUGAUUAAUAAUUUUCAUUCAUUAUUAAUGGACUAUCGAUUAAAGGUUUAUAUAGGGUUUAAAUAUUGGUUGUAAAACAUCUAGAUUAAAAUGUGUGUCAGUAGCACUUUGUAAAUGAUUAAUAAGUGGUUAAUAAACUAUCUAUAAACAUUACUUAGAUGGUUAUUGAAAAGUUCGGGUUAGGUUUCUAAAAUGGUAAAAUUUACAAUCCAUUAGUGGUCUAUAUGCUCUUUAUAAAUGAUGAUUAAACAUUAAUAAACUACCUGCUUACCAUUUAUAAAUGGUCUAUUUACCAUUUAUAAGUCAUGGUUAUUGUAAAGUGUUACCACUUAUGCAACUAACACGCAAGUGUCACUUUUCAGACGAACAACUAAGAUACGGAGCCAAGUUCUACUCCCACUACUACGAGACACCUCCCGCUGGUGUGGGUUAACUCCACCUGUAAAUGAGGACAUGUUUGAAGAGGAUGACCUGCUCCAGACCGGAAAGAUGCUGGAUGAGAUGAAAUCAUGUGGAAUAUUUGAGACCGAGUCCAAGCACCUGCACAGGUGGGACACAUCUUAAAAAAACAGCAUGGAGGUUUGACUGAGUGUACAAUGCUUUUGUGCCUUUUACCCGGAUUGGUUUUCACAGCAAGAAAAGAGACAAAUUUUGAUAAACGAAUGCAUUUAAUUCAUCUGCUCCUCAUGUCGUAUUUGCAGGAAGAGCGUUGUCAAAAACUUGGAGUCACUCUACAGAGAGUGGCUGACAGAGAUCUGUGAAGAAAUGGUAAGACGUCUUUUUGUUGUUUCAAAAUGCGACACUGAAAACUUCCUCCUGCAUUGAUCGUGUAUUUUAAGCGUAACUUGUUUUCUAAUUUCAGAACUUGUCUGAUGUAUUACGAACAGAUGUCGGGGGCAAGAUUUUCCCAUUUGGCUCCUAUCAUCUGGGAGUGCAUGCCAAAGGUGUGUGAAGUCUCUCAUCUUAAAUAUGGAACGAUAAAAGGGGGGUUACAUAAUUUCAGGAGAGGCUUCGUCUGCUGCUUUCACAGGUGCUGAUAUUGACAUCCUCUGUGUUGGCCCUGGAUUUCUGGAGAGGAAAGACUUCUUCACCUCCUUUUAUGAGAAGCUUAAAUCUCAUAAAAAGGUCAGAGGCUUAAAGGUACGGCCUAUGAUUGACUGUGAAUGAAUCUGUGCGCACGAAUCACUCAUUAUUAGUGACGUAAAGAUGUUUCUUCAGGCCGUUGAAGAGGCGUUUGUCCCGCUGAUCAAACUCACCUACGAGAGGAUUGAGGUAAAGUUAGAGAAAUGAAAACACAUACCUGUUGUACUCCUUCAUUUACAGGUUUUGUUUACAUGCAUUUGUGCCUCCUUUGUGUCUUCAUCGAUGUUUAGAUCGACUUGGUUUUUGCCGUGGUGCGCCUGAAGAGCGUCCCUGCAAACAUAAACCUCCUUGAUGACGAUAUAAUUGUGGGUCUUGAUACACGGUGUGUCAGGAGUCUCAACGGUAAGCAUAGGUAGAAGUCAGAACCUGACUCUGUUUUCGUUUGCUUGACAUUCUGCAUAAAUCUUUUCUCUCCUUUUUUUUUUUAAAGGCUUUAGAGUCUCAGAGGAGAUUCUUAGGAACGUGCCAGAUGUUUCUAACUUCAGACUGACUCUGAGAGCCAUCAAGUUGUGGGCAAACCGUGAGUAACACAAUCACAUGAUGCUGGGCUUUAUAGUUUGAAUAAAGAGGAUGUCUAUUAUGAGCCGGAACACUUAAACCAUUGUUCAUGCUGUCUUGUUAUUAUUAUUUAAGUGUUGGUCUUUGCUUAAUGGGCUCAUAGGCUUGCCGCCUCUGAAAUAAUUUCAUUUGGAAGUGGAAGCUUAAUGCACUUUGUCGUACACUUUAAUGUGCACUUAAACCUGAAGAAUGUAUUCACACGUUCAAAACCAAAUCCUAUUUUUUAGAUUUCAUUUACAUAGCUGCACAUUUUAACGGUAUUUACAGCAGUGAUUGAAGUGAAACCCCUCUACGAGCGUUCAUGUAGUGAGGGAACUUUCUUUAAAAUAGACUGAAAUUCACAUUGAUGCUUUUCAUUAAUAUACAAAAGCCAUCAAGACCAUCACUGACAAGAUCGAUUAUUUAUGUAUCAUGAUUUUUAAGGCCUGAAAUGGGUGUGAGGGAAACAGACCAGUUUUUUACAAUUUACACAUGAAACACUCCCAAUUGGGGCGGCACAGUGGUGUAGUGGUUAGCACUGUCACCUCACAGCAAGAAGGUCAAGAAGGUUCUCCCUGUGUCUGCGUGGGUUUACGUCAGUUUCCUCCCACAUCCCAAAAACAUGCCUGAGUGGGGUUAGGUUAAUUGGCCACUUUCAAAUUGCCCGUAGGUGUGAAUGUGAGUGUGGCUGGUUGUUAGUCUUUAUAUGUCAGCCCUGCGAUGAACUGGUGACUUGUCCAGGGUGUCCUAUGCCUUCGCCCGAAGAUGCUCCAGCACCCCCAAAAUAACCAAAAACUGACUCAGACUAAAAGGAGCUUUGAGUAAAAGUGGAAUUAAAAUCUAAAGCAAUUUAGGAAAGUAAGUAAAAAAUUAAACCCUGUUGUCAUCCUUUAUUCUCUCCUCAGGACGGUGCAUCUACUCCAACAUGUAUGGCUUCCUGGGUGGAGUUUCAUGGGCCAUACUGGUAGCCAGAGUCUGUCAGCUGUACCCAAAUGCUGCAGCGUCCACUUUAGUGUUUAAGUUCUUCAAAGUCUACAAUAUGUGGUGAGUUGAUUCAUUUUUAUCGUCCCCUUUAAGAUAAUAAAAAUGAUCAUGAUGUGAGAUCUGUUCUUGUGUUUUCUCUCAGGCAGUGGCCGAUCCCUGUUGAAUUAAAGCCACGAGUAGAGUGUGGGCUCGGUUUCCCUGUUUGGAACCCCACAGUAAGUCCUCUGCAGGAUUUUUACCAGCUGCUAAUGUAAAAUCAUGUCAGUCAUGUUCCUGAAAGCUGAAACACUGACAGUCCUGUCUUCAUCUGUAUUUCCAGGUCAACCGAGGCGACCGCUACCACCUCAUGCCCGUUAUCACCCCUGCGUACCCACAGCAGAACUCCACCUGCAGCGUGUCUUUCUCCACUUUGACCGUUAUAAUGGAGGAGAUCAAGAGAGGUACGCGGUCACUCAGCUCAGACCUUUUAACUCCAGUUUUAAAGCUCAGGCUUUAACACGUUUGUCCUCCUCAUUCACAGGAUAUGAAAUCUGUGAAGGUAUCCAGGAGGGGAAGGAGAAGUGGACCAAACUGUUUGAAACUGCAGACUUUAUCGAUCAGUACAAGUAUGUGUCAUGAAGUUUGAGGAACACAGAUAUCUACUUGAUACUUUUUUGAAUAUGGAUUUUGAAGUUGUUUUUGUGACUUUUUAUGUUAAAUAUCUCAAAUAGACAUAGGUUUUACUGUAGUACUUGAUAAUUUUGUAACAUACAUGUAUGAGAUUUUAGAUUUUAUAUCAUCUUUACCUUAAAUUAAGAUCUGUAUGGAUUUGGCUGUAAUAAAAGCAAACCCUAUAAAAGAGUUUAAAACAUUUUUAUUCCUCUACCUCAUCUCGUAUUAUGCUCAUCAAUUGACUUGAAGCACAUGGUGUACAAUUUAUGUGUUGGUUUGUGUUUGUUAGUCUGUGUUAUAUGGACUUGAAUGUAUGAUAUGAUUUGGUAAAGCUGUUUAUUUUGUGUGAUUUUUAGCUCUAAAGAAACUCUGGAAAUCUGUCAAAUCUGAGCUGAUAUGGUUUUGGUUUUCAUGUUUUUGUUUUGCAUGAAUCUCCAGAUGCCGGUGCCUGUUGUGUAAUUGAUGCAUAAAACAAACUUUUGCAAUCUGCUGGAAUUAUUGUGGGUUUGGUUAUUUUUUAUUGUGUGCAGACAAUAGACGAUUGAGUUUGUACCCAAUAUAACGGUUAAAUAAUGUCGUUUUUAUUGACUUUGACACUUGGGUUUGCUACUUCUAAUUGAAAACGUGGCCUUCAGCAUGUUCAAGUGGUGUAAGAAAUUGAUGGUUGGAGAUUUGAAUCCGUAUUAGACGUGUGUGUGUGUGUGCUGUACUUUCUUUUGCACUUGUUGUAACGUGUAAUUCCUGAUCACUUUUUCCAGUUUUGACUGAAACUCUUGAUCUGAUUUACUCAGAUGACCCAAUUUGAAGCUCCUGCAGCAUAAGAACAGACUUAGUAUCAGUAAUGAGGCUGUUUUCAGAUUAAGAAAGGCGUAUUGAUUUAACAGCGACUUCACUAAAACUGAUGCACGCAGAAGUCAGCGGAGGUUUCGCCUUGAAAAUGUCUCAACAAAGAAAAGCUUUCCACCUUUGUUUAGUUGUGUUAAGGUUCCUGCUUCUGAUAUUGAUCAUGAAUUCCUUCAACGGCGGAUGUAACAGCGAGUAUGAUUAAUGCAGUACACUUCUAGCCUUGUGCCGUCUAUCGCCAUUGUUCUGUGUCUUAUUUUUCCAGGCAUUUCAUUAAGCUGGAACUAACGUCACCUCUGAAGAAGCAUGCAGGCUGGUGAGUACACAGAGCAACGAACAUGUGAGGCCGAGUUUGAGAGAAACUGGAACAAAUGUAGACAUUUUUGUGGAGUAUCUCACAUCUUCGGGGCGAGAGCGCGUCUUAUUCACGCCUGUGGUUCUCUUUGAGGGAGAAAACAGCUUAAAUAUUUUAUUUCCAGCUUCUGUUCGGCUUUUUUUUUGUCUUUCUGAGCGUUAUGUUUUCUGUUCGCUCCAUCAGGGUCAACCUGUUUAGGUCUAAAAUCAGACUCCUGGUGAGAACUCUGGAGAGGAAUGUGCUUUUUUCUCGGGUCCACGUUCACAUAAAACCCUUCCCUGAACGAAAAAGGGAUGAAGAGUAAGAACACGUGACUUUAUCUUUAUGUUUCAUGCCAGGGAGCGACCAAUCAUGAUAUCUAAUCCUUAUUUUAUUGACGUAUAGUUGAUAUCUGUCUCUAAGACUCAGCAGAUUUAUUGUUGUAAACUGUGUUUCAAACAUUAAUAAUUUGUUUCUGUCUGUUAAAGACGUAGCACACACUGGCUUAUUGGACUUAUCUUCAAUAUGGAGAAUUUCAAAUACAGAAAAGUCGACUUAUUGGAAGAGCUCGAACCCCUCAAAAGUCACAGUAGGUUAUUUGUUUGUUUUUAAAUACUCAAAAUAAAAGCAGCACCGCCAUGAGAUCUGAUAAAUAACCUUCUGAUUUCUCUUCCUGCAGUCCGUCGUCUUUCAGAGACUUAUGAGAUGUCUGAAAACGGGGCGAUCGUAUCCGUCAUAUAUCUGCGGAGGGUGGACCGAAAGUGGAUGAUACCUACAAACAGCCAAAUGGUGUACAAUCUAUUACGGAUUUCCAACAUGGCGCCUUGUAGUGGAGGCCAAACAGGUCAAAAAGGAAAAGACUGUCCUCGACCUCUGAUACAAGCAAACAGGACGAGUGCUGAGGAGGUGAACCGUCUGCUUUUGUAGAUGAGAAAGAACUUUGUCGAGAUAUUUUGGUCUAAUGUGGAUCUCAGUGCAAAUGCAGAACAAGUAGGUGUAAAAUGACAACUUGUGAUGAUAUCAUGGCGCCUAAACUGGCUCUAGGUGCAGAUACUUUCUGGACUACAAAUUAUUUAUAGCAAGCGCAGAUCUCGUGUUGCUAGAGAGAAUCAAACCAAGACAACUCUUCAUAAAAAAGUGACUUAAAUGUUUUCGAUCACAGGAAUCAGCGACUGAGACAAGCACCAAGAGACCUCACUCUCCUGAACCGGAAACGUCCUCCAAGAGGUUCAAACGUGAUGAGGAGCCAGUCCAAGAAACGGGCUCUCCACCAGAACCAACAUUUAACCCGGUAUGCGAAGUAGCCUUGCUGAUUUGA